AACAAAGUGAAGUGCAAUCAUAUGACAUAGCUUUCUUUUUAAUAGUAAAGAAACAGAAUAGAUUCCUUAGCACACCAAUCUCAGAGACAAAAAAAACAGUAAAGAAAAAAAACAGCACUCUCCCUUACCCACAUCUGGAACCUGCCAGAGACAACAGCCUGCAGUAUGAAAGCCGCACGCAUUCCGAUCUUGUUCUGGCCCUUCUUCAUGCUAGUAUUAUCAGAUGAAAGCCAGACUUUUAAAACAGAAGUCAAACGCAAUUUCACUAAACAGAAUUAUUAUUUGAUUCCAGCGGAUAUCAAUAAAGAGGUUACUAUACUUGAUCUCAGUUAUAACCAAAUUACUCUGAAUAUUACAGACACAAGUAUUCUACAGAUGUAUUAUUUACUCACUGAGCUCUACUUGAUUGAAAACAGUGUCACCAUCUUAUAUAAUAAUAGUUUUGGUAACCUCUCCAACCUACAAAUUUUAAAUAUUUGUCAAAACUCUAUCCACACAAUUCAACAGGGUGCAUUUACAGGCUUAACUACACUAAAACAGUUAUAUCUAUGCCAGAACAAAAUACUACAACUGAGUCCUGACAUAUUUGUGCCUCUUAAAAACCUGAAACUUCUGAAUCUGCAAGGCAAUUUGAUAAGCUAUUUUGAUGUACCACAACUGCUUCAUCUGGAAUUAAUCGUUUUACAUGGAAAUCCAUGGAACUGCUCCUGUAAUUUACUGAAUUUGCAGAAUUGGCUAAACACAUCCAAUGUAAAAUUAGAAAAUGAGAACAUCACCAUGUGCAGCUACCCAGAUAAACUGAAAUGCUACAGCAUCAAAACAGUACCUUACAAAGCUGAAUGCUACUCAAAACUUCCUUCACCUAUAACUGAAGACCUUCAGAUUAAUUUUCAGUCUAUUAGCAACUCAACAUUUAAUAGCUCUUUGAACAACUUAACAAGAAAUUCAGAACGUGGACCUCUUGGAAAAAGCUGGGCUUUUCUUGUUGGUGUUGUAAUGACUGUACUGGUGACUUCUCUCCUCAUUUUUAUUGCUAUCAAAUUGCCAAUAUGGUAUAAUUCUCUGAUCAGUUAUAAACAUCAUCACCUGGAAGAACAUGAAGUAGAAACCUAUGAAGAUGGUUUUACCCAAAAUCCAAGUUCUCUUUCACAGAUACCAGAUACAAACUCUGAAGACACUACAGUAAUAUUUGAACAACUACAUUCAUUUGUAGUGGAUGAUGAUGGGUUUAUUGAAGAUAAAUACAUAGAUACUCAUGAAUUAUGUAAAGAAAAUUAA